UAUUUGAUAUGUUAAAAUCAUAGGAGCCUAAGAAAUAAAAAGCGGAAGGAUCCUCAAGCCAGCUACAUUGAACGUAUUACCGCCCCCGGCCACCUGUUUAGACGCCACCAGUUUUUCAAUUCUUCUGUCACUCGACGUCUCGAUUUCUGGUUCUCGGCGGCUAUGGCUUCACGGACCGAUCCCCAGAUCCCCAAUGAGCAGAAAGUUUUAAGGACACGAAAGCAACCCCCGUUCAUGAUGCUGCUUCCUUUAGUCUAUGCUCCUGUUCUUCCUCUCAUUCGGAUUUCUCUGCGACACAAUCCGGUUGUGAGGGAUCGGCUGUUCUAUGGCGUUCUGGCCGGUGCAUUUGCUCAUGGACUUUACUUGAUAUCAGAGCUAUAUGAUGUUGAGAGCAAGUGAAGCGAUGGAAUCUGGUUUCUUGGAGAGACAUUUUUUACAUUUAUUUUUGUAAUAAGCAGCAUGACAGUAUUGUUACAAGAUGGCUGUUCACAGGUAUGAUGGCACUGGUGAAUUGUUUGCCAUCUUCAUUCUUCACCUUGAGAAUUAUUUAGCACUUCACUUCUGGCCUUUAAUUUUUGGAAACUGUGUUGUAGUAGUUGCCAAAAAAAAAAACAUUAGAAUUGCAAUACAAGAAUUCAUUGAGAGUAAGUUACAAAAGUUGAAAAAAGAUGGAUUUCUUGUA